AUGAUGGAGGAGGCUGCCAGCCAGCUCGAGAGAGAUCAUGUGCACAGUGUCUAUGACAAGAUUGCUCCGUAUUUCAACGACAGCCGCUAUAAAGCCUGGCCAAAGGUUCGACAGUUCCUGCUAGACCUGCAGCCAGGGAGCAUCAUUGCUGACAUUGGCUGUGGCAAUGGCAAGUAUCUCCACAUCAACAAGGAGGUGUUCAAGCUGGGAUGCGAUGUUUGUCGCCCCCUGGUGGACUUUGCCUGGAGCCAAGGACACGAGGUCCAGAUGUGCGAUGGUCUGCAUUUGCCUUACAGAGAUGGCUGCUUCGACGCUGUGCUUUCUAUUGCAGUCAUCCAUCACUUGUCCACCAAAGAGCGUCGUAUUCGAGCAAUAAAGGAAAUGGCUCGCACCUUGCGGGUGGGUGGACGAAUCAUGAUCUACGUGUGGGCCAUGGAGCAGAAGCGUCGUAAAUUUGAGAAACAGGACAUCUUCGUUCCCUGGAACCCCAAUCCUCACUUGCCCUCCAGCUUAAGCCUGGAACAUGCCAAAUUAAGAAGGAGGUGCGCAGCACAGAGCGUGAGUGAAGCCAUAGACAGCAAUGACAAGCACAGGAAGGUUAGAAGCACAUCCUCAGUAGCAGACGAAGAAGAGCUGACCUGCACCACACCGCAGCAGAGAACACAGAGACUGUGGUUCUUUUCCAGGUCUCUGGACUCUGUGUUCGACUUUGGAAGUUUAGCCAUUUCCCGGUCAUCCUCCAGAGACUUGAGCACUUUAUCUUCUCCCACAGGGGAAACCGAGGGGAACAAAGCCAGCCAGCUUGGGAGAGGACGAGGCCUCAUCAAACAGGUCUCGAGCUUCUUUUACCCUCCAUCUGUAAUUGGAUCAGAGGAGGACGUCUUUGACUCGGUCACAGAUCUGCACAAGGGGCAAAAAGAUCCUGGCGGUAACAACACUUGCACCAACUGCACAGAAAACGAGAGCGUCCCUGUAUCUUUAGCACAGGAGUGUGGCUCUCUGGCUCUGCCAGACCUAGUUCCUUUCCAGAAAGAGCAUCUGAAGCAGUCUGGAGAGGAGAGUGACGGCAGGCCACAGGAAAAAGAGCAGCAGGAAAGCACACAGAGUCCUCAGGGGAGUGAGGGGCAGGUGGAAGGCUCUUGCCUGAGGUACUAUCACGUAUUCAGGGAGGGAGAACUUGCAGAGCUGAUAGAGAAUCACGUUGAAGAGCUUCAUGUCAAACACACCUACUUUGAUCAUGCAAACUGGUGUGUGGUGGCAGAGAAAGUUCAGUUAUGGAAAAUAUAAUUUUAGUUUGCAUUGCCUCUGCCUCAAGUUUCAGCACUGAAUCACACAUUUGAAGAUUAUUGCAUUCUUGUAACUGUAAAGUGUAUUAAUAUACAGGCCCGCCAUUGUUGAAGUUCCACAUUUUUUGGAUAUGGCAUUUUGACACUAGACUAAAUCCACCAUUGCUGCAAUUCUCUACUUAACUGUUAAAAAGAAUUCCAAUUUUUUUAUUCUCUUGUACGUUUUUAGUAA